CAAGAGGGGAGGAGGCUGUUUGUGAAUUCCGUAGGUGCACGAGAGCUGCGCAGAGUCUGCAGAAAAAAGAUUUGUCACCAUGAGCCUCUUGUCACUUCCAUCCAUCUGUAUUUUCCUGCUUUCCCGAGUUUUGCUGGUGUUGGGUGUACUAGAAAUCCGUGUUGACCAGGAGAUGGUCAGCAAGAUCUCAGCUGCUGUCAAGUUGAUGCAGUGCUCUGCUUCGUUAGAUGUCCUUUUCCUCUUGGAUGGCUCCUACAGCAUUGGCAAAGGAAGCUUUGAAAGGUCCAAGCACUUUGCAGGCAAGCUCUGUGAUGCCUUGGACAUCCAUCCAGACAGAGUCCAUGUGGGAAUGAUACAGUUUAGCUCAACUCCCCACCUUGAAUUCCCACUGGAUUCUUACCUAACCAAACAAGAAGUGAAAGAGAGAAUCAAGAGGACUCUGUUCAGAGGUGGGAGCACAGAGACAGGUCGGGCUCUGAAGUACAUUCUCCGCAAGGGAUUUCCUGGUGGCAGAAACUCAAGUGUCCCUGAAGUCCUGAUCGUCAUUUCAGAUGGAAAGUCCCAGGGCAGCACUGCGAUGCCUGCAAUGCAGGUGAAGGAGAGACACAUCACAGUUUUUGCAGUGGGAAUCAAGUUUCCAAGGUGGGAGGAGCUGCACGUGCUGGCCAGCGAGCCCCCCGAGCAGCACCUGCUCUUUGCUGGAGAUGCUGAUGAUGCUGCCAAUGGCCUGUACAGUGCCCUGACUGGCUCUGUCUGCAGUACCACUGCUCCAGGCUGUAAAGUUGAAUCCCACCCUUGUGAACUGAGGACCCUGGAGACUGUGAAAGAGCUGGCUGGGAACUAUUUGUGUUGGAAAGGCUCAAAGCAGCCCAAUGCAGUGCAGGCUUCACUGUGCCCCUUCAUCAGAUGGAAGAGAGUCUUGGUAAAAUACCCAUCCAGAUGCUUCCGGACUGUAUGUCCAGACCCUUGUGACUCCCAGCCAUGCCAGAAUGGUGGCACAUGUGUCCCAGAGGGACUGGACAGAUACCACUGCCUCUGCCUGGUGGGAUACGGAGGAGACUUCCACUGUGCAGCAAAGCUGAGCCUGGAGUGCGAUGUGGAUCUCCUUUUCCUGCUGGACAGCUCAGCGGGGGUCACACUGGAAGGGUUCCUGCGCUACAAGGCUUUCCUCAAGAGGUUCCUUCAGGCAGUGAUGGGCCAGGACUCGCCAAUGAACGUGGGGGUGGCCCAGUAUGAUGAUGAUGUCAGGAUACCCAUUGAAUUGGGCCAACACAAGGAUACACUCAGUCUCAUGAAGAGCGUUGAUGCUUUGGAUUUCAGUGGAGGAAGAACCCUGACAGGCAGAGCCCUGCAGUACAUUGCAGAGCACGGUUUUAGCAGCACCCCGGUCUUUGCAGAUGUGCAGGAUGAUCUCCCACGUGUGGUUGUCCUUCUCACUGACUCGAAGUCCCAGGAUUCAGUGGCAGAAGCCCCUCAGUACGUGAAGGACCGAAAUCUCUUCUUGAUUAGUGUAGGCAGCAGCUUCAUGAGAGCAGAGCUGACCAAGGUGACUGGCAAUCCACAGCAGACAAUUGUCUACUCUGAUCCCCAGGACCUAUUCAACAGGAUCCCAGAGCUGCAGAGAAGAAUCUGCAGUGUGGACAAUGCUGAAGGUUGCCAGGCACAGUCUCUUGAUUUGACAUUUGCUGUGGAUGCCUCAUCUGGAGUUGGCCAGGAGAACUUUCUGCGUCUGAGGCACUUUGUCAGGAGCAGCUGUUUCCACUUCACCAUCAACCAGGAUCUCACCCAAAUUGCCCUUGUGAUCUAUGGCAGCAAAGCUCACACUGCGUUUGCUUUGGCCACCCAUGCAAGCAAUUCUGCUGUCCUGCAAGCCAUCGACCAGGUGCCUUUCCUUGGGGACCCAGCCUCUGCUGGCAAUGCCUUGCUGCAUAUUUAUGGUGACGUGAUGACCGUGCAGAAGGGAGCAAGACCUGGUGUCAACAAGGUGGUGGUGCUGCUCACAAAUGGGGGUGGACUGGAGGAUGCAGCUGCCCCAGCUCAGCAGCUGAGGCACAACGGCAUCUUGGUGUUUGUGGUUGUCAUUGGGGACGCACAGAGGGACAUGCUACUGAGAGUUGCUGGGUCUCCCAGCUACCUGGUCCACAUCUCCUCCUAUGAAGACCUGCAGUAUUACCAAGGCUUUAUCAUUGAAAGAAUCUGUGAAGAAGCAAAAAGCCCUGUGAACCUGUGCAAACCCAACCCCUGCAUGAACCAGGGCGUGUGCAUCCUGGGGCCUGGGAGCUACCGCUGCGAGUGCCAUGGCUGGGAAGGACCCCACUGUGAGAGCAGAGUUGUCCGGGGUGAUUCUCCAAGAUCUCCAGUUCUUCCUCCGCAUUCCCAUGUGCAGUGGAGUCCAAGGGGUUUGCAGCACUUCUCCAGAGCCUUCUGGCACACCAAAAGGCACCUGGAUCAGAGACACUGACACAGAUGUGCCAAGUGCUCCAGUUCUCCCUCCAGGAACACUUACUGCCACUCACAGGCACAAUCCAGCAAGCCGCCACUGUCCUUGGCAGUGAUGGAGCUGCUGUAGCAGUGAGACUGUGCUGAGGCCAUUCCCAGUUUCCUGCAUUGCACAAACUGGGCUUUCCAGUUCUCUCUUUCUUUUAUAAUUGAAGUAAAUAUUUGUGUUUAAGUA